AUGGUCCCAAAGUCUGGACACUGCCCCGCUGAGGCGGAGGACGUGGCCGAGCCUGACAGCCUGUCUCCUGCAGAGGUGAACAAGAAGGAAGUGGUGGAGGCGGUGACCAUCGUGGAGACCCCCCCCAUGGUGGUGGUGGGCAUCGUGGGCUAUGUGGAGACACCGCGCGGCCUCCGGACCUUCAAGACGGUCUUUGCUGAACACAUCAGUGACGAGUGCAAGCGGCGCUUCUACAAGAACUGGCACAAGUCGAAGAAGAAGGCUUUCACCAAGUACUGCAAGAAGUGGCAGGAUGACGAGGGCAAGAAGCAGCUGGAUAAGGACUUCAGCAGCAUGAAGAAGUAUUGCCAGGUCAUCCGCGGUGGCUUUGUCCACUAUGGUGAAGUGACCAACGACUUUGUCAUGCUGAAGGGCUGCGUGGUGGGGACCAAGAAGCGAGUGCUCACUCUGCGCAAGUCCCUGCUGGUGCAGACCAAGCGCCGUGCCCUGGAGAAGAUCGACCUCAAGUUCAUCGACACCACCUCCAAGUUUGGCCAUGGCCGUUUCCAGACCGUGGAAGAGAAGAAAGCUUUCAUGGGACCACUCAAGAAAGACCGAAUUGCCAAGGAAGAAGGCGCAUAACAGAUGGUGUAUCUGGUGGGAUCAGAAUAAAGACUUCUUUUCCAGUGA